UGUCGAUACUGGCGCGUAAAGGCGGAAAACGUUCUCUUCAUCAUCGUUUCAUUGCUCUGUACCUCUCCGUGUUGCUGGUUUUUCUUCAUUUAUUCUCUUGUCCCAUCAUCGUGAAAUUCGUGAUUUUUUUUAUGAAUUUCCUAGACAUUGCGGUCUCCGUUUGAUUCGUUUAACGCUUGGUUAGCACGAAAUCUCGGGUUCUCAGAUUCCAGGUUCCUUUUUACGUCCUGGGUUUCAUUUUCUUAAUCGCCUCUCUUUCCUAACGAUCGAUCUGCUGCUGUUGAAUAUCAAUCCUACUGGGUUGCAAUUGCAUGGGAUCGAAGGUUAACAUUUUUGGAAAUUUAAUCGCCUUUGGAUUCUUGGUUCUCUGUAUUUAACUUAGUGGGUUGGGCGAAUUCUGUUGGACCAAUUUGGAAAUCAUGGAUUCGAGUCGGAGAGCGGUGGAAUCAUAUUGGAGGUCGCGGUUGAUUGAUUCAGCUACGUCCAACGAAGACAAAGUUACGCCGGUGUACAAAUUAGAAGAAAUUUGCGAACUUCUGCGGUCUUCGCAUGUUAGCAUUGUGAAAGAGAUUUCAGAAUUCAUUUUGAAGCGGCUCGAGCAUAAGAGCCCAAUUGUAAAACAAAAGGCUUUAAGAUUGAUAAAAUAUGCAGUUGGAAAAUCAGGUGUGGAGUUCAGAAGGGAAAUGCAGAGACAUUCAGUUGCAGUUCGCCAGUUGUUUCACUACAAGGGAGAGCCGGAUGCUUUGAAAGGUGAUGCACUAAAUAAGGCUGUGCGAGACACUGCUCAUGAGGCUAUCACUGCUAUAUUUUCUGAGGAAGACAACAAGCCAUCACCUCCUGAAGCUAAUAAUAGGCGGAUACAAGGGUUUGGGAAUACAAGCUUUGAAACAACAUCAGAAGAUAAGAAAUCCUUUCUCAGUGAGGUAGUUGAAAUUGGAAGUGCAUCAAUCAAGCUAGGACUUAGUAGCCUAACACAGGGACAUUCACUAAUGAAGAAUGAAACCGGAAGCUAUAAAAGUCCAAAUCUUCGAAGGUCACUGAGCAUAGAAACAGAACAUGGUGACACAUAUCAACCAGUUAAAUAUCAUAAUGGAAGUCAAAGCACUUUCAGAUCAAACAAUCAAUCUAGUGGUCCUUGGACCCAGGAUUCCAAAAUUAUUAAAAUGGAAGUAUCAAAUGGGGAUUCCAAUGCAAGUCAUUUAGAGAGUAAAACACGAGAGACUAGGUUGCUAGAGACGAUUGUUACUUCAGGAGGUGUACGUCUUCAACCCACACGAGAUGCCAUUCAAGUUUUCCUAAAAGAGGCUGUGAAGAUGGAUCCCCUUGCUCUAAGUCAUGCACUGGAACUGAAGCUCCAAUCUCCCAUGUGGCAGGUUCGUAUGAAGGCUGUCUGUGUACUUGAAUCCAUACUUAGGAAAAAGGAUGAUGAUCAUUUUUCACCUAUGACAUCUUACUUCACUGAAAAUAAAGAUGUGGUAGUAAGAUGUUCAGAAUCUGCUCAAGCUUCUUUGAGGGAGAAGGCUAACAAGGUUCUUGGUCUUCUAGGUGUAGACCAGCCUGACAGCUCUGCCACUAAUUCAGAGAAACCUCAGAAGGCUGAGAGUGCUAAUGUUGCUGGGAUGCCUGACUUGAUAGACACGGGUGAUCCAAAUGAUUGUUACGGAAAGGAUGAUUCUACAAAGGGUUCUAAUGAUUACAAUGUAGCAAAUUUUACAUCACCGACACCUCUAAUUGAUGACAUAUUUGGAGAUUUUGGUGGCUCUGUCCGAGAGAGUGAACCUAAAAAUGAAGAAGAUCCCUUUGCUGAUGUAUCAUUUCAUACCAAUGAGAGUAAAGAACAUGCAGAUGAUCUCUUUUCAGGAAUGGUGGUUUCUGAUAAACAGGUUGAUAAUGUGCUUGGGAAUAGAAGCAAGCCUGAAACUUUCGACAUUUUGUCUUCCAAUUCUGAUCAAGAGAAUCAUAAAGAGUUUGUCAGUGGUUUAAUGGCUGAUUUAUCAAUUGAAGAAAAUACCUCAAGUACGAAGCAGCAAUUAAAUUCUGCCACAAGUUUAAAUAAUCAUGGUAGCCUUCACCACCCUGACAACACUUUAGGUGGCAUUUUGGCCUCUCAAGCAACUGGAUACAAUGUAAAUCCCAUGAUUCCUAGUGGUCAUAUGCCUUAUGGUAUUCAGACUGGUCUUAUGACGAACCAUAUGAAUCAGCUGUAUUCUACUCAGUCGCAUAAUUAUGGCGCCAUAGGAAACCUUUUGGCUCAGCAGCAGUUCCUGGCAACAAUGGUUAAUUUCCAACACGUUAAUAAUGUAAACAUGCAGGGUGCUAGUGUUGCUCAAAUUGGUGGGGCCGAGGGAACAAAACCUCUGCCAGAUAUAUUUCAAUCAAAUUUUGCAUCUCAAGCCCCUAGCUCAGUGAUCAACAAUUCAAAGAAAGAAGAAAACAAAGCAUUUGAUUUUAUCUCUGACCAUAUUGCUGCUGCUCGUGAUCCAAAGAGAGUGAUUUGAAACUUCAAACUCUGAUUUUGGUGGCGGAUGCUAUCAAUGGCACAGUGUUGGAUUCGACGACAUGAAUCAAUCAUGGAUAUCUAUGGCAGAGUAUUGUAGCUUCUCAUGGAUUUGACGAAUUGAUAUCUAUGGCGUAGUGUCGGAUAUGAAGGAAAACAUUUUAGAUGGCGUUUGAACUUGCCCAUGUUGGCGACGUGAGAGUAAUAAGAUGAGCAAACGUCGGACUUGAAAGUUAGGCGUUACAGGCUUUCUGUAUAGAUGAAAAUGAGCAUUGGAAUGUUGUGUGGUAUUUCAAUUUUCCUGAAAAUUUGUAGUUAUUAGUUGAGUUCUUGCAGCUGUAAUUCAGGCGCCAAUAGAAUUAGCACUUUUACCCCCUUUCCCAUUUCAUUUCUUUCUUCCCAUUGAACCCUACACGAAUGGUUCAAACUUCAUAUUAUCAAUGUCAUACUCUUGUUUUGCCCUA